CCCAAGUCGAUGGCUAGCAUUUGCUUACUCUAACCUGCCACAUGUACCUGCAACCCUUUACUACGACUCGAGCAAUCUAAUGUGCCUGUCCUCUCUUUGAUCUUUCCGGAUUUCUACCUCCUCAUCCCGGGCCCACUACUGCACGUGAACAUAAACUGGGGGGCACCGGCAACAACAUGCCGAAGGUGUUCAAGUUCCUGAAAACAGCCCUUGCCCCAAACGUCGGACAAGAAAUGGCAAACAGCUACCACGAAAGGACCGAUGCUACUCGAAAGUCGUCGCUCACGUCUUCAGCGGCCGAGGACACAUGGCUGCCUGAUUUCGACCCCCUCACAGUUUCUGCAUUCGAGCUCUCUGAACUGCUCAAUGCGCGGGCGAUAACCAGCGUUCAAAUCGUAGAGCUGUACCUGAGAGAAAUCGAAUUCCACAAUAGAAGAGGCCGUCAGCUAAGGGCAUUGAUCUCGGUGGCGCCAAAACAUGAAGUACUAAAGAGAGCGAAGAAGCUUGAUGAGGAAAGAGCGAGGGGCAAGGUUAGAGGACCGCUACAUGGUAUACCAAUAGUUCUGAAGGACAACAUCAUGACGGACGAAACGUUAGGCAUGGAUACCACCGUCGGUUCAUAUGCUUUCGUCGGAUGCAUCCCUAAGAAAAGCGCUACCAUCGUUGAACGACUGAUUAAAAGAGGUAUGAUUAUCAUCGGAAAAGCCAAUUUGACCGAGUUUUGUGGGCUCAAGAAUCCCUCCAUGCCACCUGGAUGGUCGGCUGUUGGAGGCCAAUGUCAAUCACCGUACGUCUCAAGACAUAUUGCGAAAAGGAAGCUGCACUGGGAAUUGUCGGCUCCGGGAGGGUCCUCUACAGGAUCUGCUGUAGCGGUAGCUUCUGGAUUUAGCACGCUGGCCAUCGGAACAGAUACGAUUGGAUCACUAAUCACACCGGCCAACCGUGCAGCAUUGUACGCUCUGAAGCCUACAGCUGGGGAAGUACCCAUGGAUGGUAUUUUCAACCUCAGCAAAACUUUCGAUGCUGUAGGCGGCAUGGCCAAAUCUGCAAGAGACCUCGUUGCCCUAAUGGAUGCGAUGAUGGUUCCAACCAAUCGAGAAGAACACGCAAGGGCACCCCAUCGAUCUUUCAAGAUCAAACCUGACUUCGGUAACCUCAGGAUCGGGAUAUGCGAGCCAACAAUCUGGAAAGCCUGGCGGAAGAGUGGUCGGAUUAAUGCUGACGCCGAACGAUUCAUGGUGCAGAAGUACGACAUGGUAGUACAGAGCAUGAUCGAGAUGGGUGUGGAUAUCGUGUACCCGGUGGAGCUGCCGAAUCAAUCAACCUUGACCAUCGAUGGCAAGAAUUGCUUCGAACCUGUAGUUUACUCCGAGUUCAAGGACUGUCUAGCAGAGUUUAUCCGUGACUUCAAAGUCACCAAGAUGCACUCGCUGGCCGAGAUCAUCAACUUCAACAUCGAGCACCCAGAACUCUGCCUUCCGCCAACAUGUCCGGAUCAAAACGACUUAAUGGCGGCUCUCCACUCUACCACCAAACGCGAAGAGAUCAAUGCCGCACGCCAACACCUCCAAACAGCCGGCGGCCCAGAAGGUCUCGACUAUCUCUUCACCUCCCAAUCCCUCGACAUCGUCAUCGCCCCCGGCGACGCUCCUCUUUCCUCUCUCGCAGCCGCAGCCGGUUACCCAACUGCCGCUUGUCCCCUCUCCGCCCUAAAACUCAACGGUCAACCUUUUGGUCUCACUCUAGCCUCGCGCCCACACACCGAGCACACCUUGCUCCACUUUCUGACCGCGUACGAGAACAUUUUUCCACCGCGAGCGCUGCCGAUGCCGCUCUCAUCUGUCCCACUACAAGAUCCGAAUCCGGAGCCGCUGCCUGAUCAGCCAAUUAUUGAUUUGAUUCUGCAUGAGUGGGAUACUAGGAGGUUCAGCUGUAGUGCGGAUGCGCUAGCAGAUUGGCUGAAUGCGAGGUGGCGGAAGAGUGGGUACGAAUUGAGUGCGGAGACUGUGUGUGAAGUAUUAAGGAGUAAUGGAAGGAUUGCAUUCCGGGGAUUGGGAGACGAUGCCGAGGGGGCAUUCUCGAGAUGACCGCAUGAGUUGACUCGAGUCGCGAUCUGCGCAUGGAGGAAUUUGGUGUACAUUCCCGGGUUUGGUAUUCAAUGUUGGAGGUUAUUUCAUUUAGCGCGGCGUUCAUUGGGUCGGGUCGAUGUUGCAUUAAGAUAUCCACUCGUUCUAGGGUUUUCACGAUGAUGAGUCAUAGCAAGCAGAAAAUUCACAUCCACUCC